AUGGAUCGCUCCUCGAUCUGGAUUGAGCGUGGUCGCGAUGGCCGUGCAUAUUUUGUCAGACGGAAGCCGAAGCUACCUUCUACCAGAAGACUUUUGCUCGAAGCUUUGCUUCCUCGGAAUGCUCGCUCACUCUUGUCUUUCAGGGACUCGCGCCUGGGUCGACAUGUCCAGGUUCAGGGCGUUUCUACGUCUGGCAACUUUCUCGCUUUGCCUGCGCCCAGUUCACCGUAUCCUCCUUCUGGCCCAACGAACAAUCCCGGUCCCAUGGAUCCUACCUCACAAGCCCAAGCUCAGCCUGUGAACAUGUACCUCCUGCCUCCUCCACAGAACCCAGAACCUCCUCAACUCCAAAGCCACGACAAGCCAGCGCACUUUGCACACCCGCCGCCACAUUUAUUUCCAUUUGUACAGCCUCCUUCGAUGUAUCCCAUACCGCCUCAUCCCAUGACAGCACAACCCCAACCUUCGUUCCAGCAACCGGUCCCGUUUCAAAGUCAUCCUUCACAUUUCGCUGCAGCUCCUCCUGGUACAAUUCCUAUUCGCAGCCAACCCCAAGGGCUUCACGCCACUCCAAUGCCUCCUGUCAUCACGCCAUCCGAUAUGAGAUACAAGUGUGAUGUCUGCGGAAGAUUCAGGUCUACAAGAUAUCACUACCAACAUCCGAUACCCACUGGCCAGCUCCCUUGUAAGACAAUAUGUCGGAAAUGCCGGGAACAAGCUACCGACAGCGAAGAUUACAGUAGCUCCGACAGCUAUCGAUCAAGCAAUUCACUGCAUCGCCGUCCCCGCCGCCUGAGACAGAGAAGCAAGUCGGUGUAUAGAAGGCAAGACCAUCAGUCUCGCAGGCGGGCCCAUUCCACGCGCCGUGGCCGAUCGCCCGAUGACGGCUACUCAAGGUACGGAAACUCUACAGGUUCGGACUCGGACUCGGUAGAACUAGAACGAGACCGAGUCCACGACAAAGAACGUCGUCGUAGUCGUGCCGCCUCGGUGUCACAUAGACGGAGAUUGCGACUGUCGCCUCGAGGUGCCAGAGUAUCGUACCAGGAUGACCCUCGUGACCGAAGGACUUUCGAUGAUCCCAGAGACCUUGACGAAGAAGAAUAUGAGUAUGAGAUCCCUAGACGUGUACGUAUCCCAUCGAGGGCCUCGUCGCGAGGGCGGAGAACCAUCCGACAACAAUAUUCGAACGUCUACGUAGAGAUCCCACAAGAGGCAGAGCAUCAUGUUGAACGGUACGAAUACAUCGCACAGCCUCCCGUCAGGCCUUUUCAACAGAGAUACCCGCCACAGCAGGGGCCACCUCUGGCCCAAGUGAGAGCGAUGCCACCACAUGUCCACGAACGUCGUCUGCACUCCGAUCACUACCAUGCAGCCGAUCAUUACGAGGGAGAUGGUGAAGAAACACACAGAAGAACACGAUCCAGAUCGGCUCGACGUGGUCGUCUGAGAAGCAGGGAGACUAAUGUCGACGAUAAUGGUGGUAUGAUGACUCUUCCAAAGGCUGCCAUUUCAGAGCAGGUGGAUGAGGAGACUGACGAGGGAACUGCAGCUUUACGCCAUGAUAGACGCGGGCGCCAGUUGGUGUAUGCACCAAGCCCACCUCCGGCUCCUUCAUCAUCCCUGGGGUACAUGGCAGGACUGGAAAUGGAUGAAAACGACCGCGAUCAAACGCCAUAUGGUGGUCCUCAGCGUCGGCGAUCUAGGUCUCGACCCCUGGAGGGACAACCAAGAGGCCGAAGUAUCCUGAAGCCCGGGGAUGAGUUAACAGUUGUUGAAAGACACGCGCCACGACACAGCCAGGACUACGAUUGGUACGACAAUGAGGGAAUCCGAGUGAGGGUGCGCGAAAUUUGA